AUGCCUGUAUCAAACAUCAUUGAGGGUUUUGGCAAUGUAUCACUGUACAUCACCGCCGGCAUCGAGAGUCAAGCACAACAUGGGUUCACUCAAGGUGAGGAGAUACGAGCAAGAGAUUUCGUGAAACGCCUGGACAGCAACAAGUCGAUCCCAUAUGCUUUCAGACAAUGUCAUCUCAGUCCAAGCUGCGAUGAAGACGUAGCAAACACGGUUGGCAUCCCAAAGUUCUUGAGCGAGACUGCGCGAGAGCUUUUCCUUGCGAUCGGCAUCUCCCCAGGCUCCUUUCCCUUACACAGCCACGAUCGGACGUGGGCAUUACUACUCGCCGGAAGCAAGGAGUGGCUCGCCAUGCCGCCAGGCAAGCUCCCGCUCCGUCCCUACCUUAUUCAUGACCAAGCGGCAUUGAAGAGAGCUGGUUUUCGAUACUGCUUGCAACAUGCUGGGGAAUAUGUAUUUUUACCGCGAGGUUGGUGGCAUGCAGUUUUUGUUCAAAGUAACUGGAGCUUGACCGUCGGCGGUCAGGGAACCUCCAGAGGCUUGGUGUUCAGCGCGUGCCGGGGAGACCUUGCAGCCUUCAGAAGCAGCCGGACGCAUCAGUUGGACGAGAUGGACGCAAACGGAAUUAGCAUCGCUGGACAUGCAUCCAGAGCCGGUCACACUGCACUGCUUGCAGCAUUUCGGGAAAGAGGCGCAAAUCUACACUCUCAAGAUGCAAAUGGGUGGACACUGGCACAUCAUGCAGCGAAGCUCGGCCAUGUUGCCGUGAUACAGUGGUUAGCUGAGAAUGGCUUCAGCAUGAGUGGAAAGAACAAGAUGUCUUGGGGCCCUUUGCACACCGCAGCGAAAGCUGGACACCAGGGAGUAAUCGAAGCACUUCUGCGAACUCGAUCAAUGGUGGAACCAGACAAGGCAGAACGCCUGCUCAAAUUGCCGCGGCCCACGGACACAUCUCUGCUGCGAGUGGCCACUGCUUUCGCCCUAGUCCUGGCCGUCAUGAUUUGGAGGUUGUUUGGGCAGUUUAAGUUCCGACAAAAGAAUGACGUGCCAGCCAAACAAAGCCACGACACGGGAGGACCGGAGAUCCAAGCAUUCCUCGCCAGCCUCGCUGGCGAGGCAAAGCGGCCGCAAAGGAGGCGCUGGCAGCCUCUCCGAUCUUCAGGUCAAGGACGCUUGGAUGAUCUGUUGGCAGCGGCCGAGGCCGCAACACCAAAGUCUUGUCUCUCCAAGAUGCCGAUUGAUCCGCAGCCCGUGGCACCCAGGAUCGAGAAAGCAGCGCUUCCGUCAAGUCCGGUUCCACCGCAAAGCACGAAAGCGAAAGCAGGCUUCCUGGAGGCAGAGAUGUCGAGUCCAACGGCGCAGGAAGAACAUGGAGAAGGACGUAUCUCUGAGAAUGUUGCAGAGAUGCAGCGGGCCGUUGCCCUACUAACGAGCCCCGGCGGUGAUCCGAGCCAUGCCAACAGUCCAGAGUUGGAGCCUCACGUUCUUCCUGCACAAGCGAAGGAGGAGCACUGGCCUCGACCCUGGCUUUCUCAUGCAAACCUCACGCUGAGCACAGCCGCUAACGGGGAAGUUUCAUUCUGUGUGACCUCUGCUGUGAAAGAUGUGCGAUGCCCCGUCUUGGACGGCAUUCAGGCUGAUGAGGUUUGCUAUGAGAGGGCCAGCCCGUCGCAGCCAACCCCUGCGCUGAAAGUCGAUCUGCUGCAGCGGCUGGCAGACUGGCAAAGCACCAAGCCAAGAAACGAGGUGGGUCAGAAAGCUGACGCAGCGGCGGCACUCCCAUGUGGCCCAAUCGGCCCUUCAGCAGCCAGGCUGCGCAGGUGCACUGCAUGCGAUUCCUCCUCGCCACAUUCGAGCACGAGGAACUUGGCCUCCUCAGCAGCAAAAGACAAGGACAGCAACGGCGAACAGCAGACGGGUCGCCAGGCAGGAAUCCGACUCACAGCGCGCGCACGGCCGGCAUCUUGCGAGAGGCCUAUCGCGAAAACCGCGAGGACGCCGAGAUCUGCGUCACUGCCGGAGAAAAUGCGAAGGCUGGCAAGAAGCGCACCGGCGAAUCAAGCAUCUCCAGAGCAACGACACCCGCAGCAAAAACAGGCGACGAAGCCACCCAGCUGCCCCGGCUGUCGGCCGACUGCUGCCUCUGGAUACAUGCGACCACCGCUCUCCAGCAGACCCGAGUUGCCGGCUCGGCAACUCCAUGUACAUAGGCGCCAUGCCAAAGCAUCCGAGGAGUGCAGCACCCAUGCUGCGUCGUCAUGCAGCAGUUCGGAGCCAGUGGAGAAAUUAGUACAACCAGGAAAAGUGCUUAAGCUAGCCGGUGCGAUGGCAGAGACGUCGCAGACAAAUGAAACCACGGAUGGCCCCGCUUUGGAUGGCUAUAUGCAACAGCACCAGAUCCAGCCAUUCGUGCAGGAGAUGCUGACAGAGCUCUUUGCCGCCCUGCCAGAAGAUCCGUACGAAUACAUGACAUACCACCUGGCAUCUCGUCGCCCUGUUCGACCGCCCCAGGACCAGAAGCUUAUCAGCAGCGGGGUCUUGUGGGCAUUGCUGCCUGGAGGUGACCCCAUGUCUCUAGAGCAGUGGCGGCUGCGGAGCUGCUGGUUGACGGAGAAAGGCAUCUUGUGCGUCAGCAACUCCGCCGCGGAUGUCGUGCGUGAUGACGCUGGUGGUGUCGUGGUCUCACCGCCUGAAGAUCCCGCACCUCAGGAGUAUCCCCUCGAGAAAGGGGCCACCCACAGGGAGCUGGAUGAAGCGGAGGCAGCUCGACCCUUCGCCUUCCAGGUGGCGGUGAAGCCCGGACCCUUGGCCCACAGAGCCGACAAGGAGCAAGAUGGCGGUCGCUGGGUGUUGCAACUGGCAGCCAGCUCUGAGGAUCAGCGCAACGAGUGGUUCAGCUUGUUUGCACCCUUUUCACAAGCAGCAGUGCUGAAACUUGCCUGCACUGGCCUGCCGUCGUUUGAUGUGGUAGUCAAGGGUCUGCGACAAGUGCUUUUCCCGGCCGUGAUCCGAUUGUCUUCUGCCGACUGCAGUCGGGUAACCUCUGCCUCGUCAUCGCCAAGACGAUGCAUCAGCGUGGAGGUGCGAGCAAAAGACUGUGUUUGGGCGUAUCGUGGGGUGCGACGACAAGUUGAAGCUCCACACUUGUAUUUCGGGCAUGUGCCCCGAUCUACGUUCGAGUCCCACGGAUGCAGCAGAAGCACCAGAAGCUUUGGCGACUGA